CAUUGGGAGUAACGUUAGCGCAUUCAGGCGCGGUUUGGGGCUGAUAGCAUGACUGGAAGGACAGCCUGAGGUCCUGGCGUUUGUCUUUUGAAGAAAAGCCAAAGAAACAGUUACAGUUGUCUCUGAUUUUUUCCUCCGUGCACACCUGCCGUCCACUGAAGGCUUGGACGAAAAUGCCUCCCAUCGAAAAUCAAACCGGGAAGAAUGAACUUAAAACUCGGAUACAGUCGCUUAUUGAUUCCAACCAAGUGGUGGUCUUCAGCAAAAGUUAUUGUCCAUAUUGUGUGACGGUCAAAGACUUGUUCAAGGAGCUCAAAGUGGAGUGCAAUGUGGUGGAGCUGGAUCUCAUCGAGGAUGGAACUAAUUAUCUGGAGAUGUUACAUGAGAUGACUGGACAGAAGACUGUUCCUAAUGUCUUUAUCAACAAAACACAUGUUGGUGGCUGUGACAAGACAAUGCAGGCCCAUAAAGAUGGCAGUCUGCAUCAGCUACUGAAUGGAGCGUUUGAAACCUUUGACUAUGAUCUUAUUGUCAUUGGCGGAGGAUCUGGAGGACUCUCCUGUUCAAAGGAAGCUGCAACUUUGGGGAAAAAAGUCAUGGUUUUGGACUUCGUUGUUCCCACACCAAAAGGAACCACUUGGGGUCUAGGUGGAACGUGCGUGAAUGUCGGCUGUAUUCCGAAGAAACUGAUGCAUCAAACUGCCUUGCUUGGCACCACCAUGCAGGAUGCACGCAAGUUUGGCUGGGAAUUUGAUGAAACUGUCAAACACAACUGGGAGACGAUGAAGACUGCAAUUAAUGACUACAUUGGCUCGCUAAACUGGGGCUACAGGGUGUCACUGAGGGACAAGAAUGUCAACUAUGUCAAUGCCUACGCAGAAUUUGCAGAACCUCACAAGAUCAAGACAGUAAACAAACGGGGGAAGGAGACAUUUUACACAGCAGCGAAGUUUGUCUUGGCUACAGGCGAGCGACCACGUUACCUGGGUAUUCCUGGAGACAAAGAGUACUGUAUCACAAGUGAUGAUCUCUUCUCCUUGCCAUACUGCCCUGGGAAGACCCUGGUGAUUGGCGCAUCUUAUGUAGCAUUGGAAUGUGGUGGCUUCCUUGCUGGCCUAGGUCUUGAUGUCACCAUCAUGGUGCGUUCUAUUCUGCUGAGGGGCUUUGACCAGGAAAUGGCAGACCGUGCUGGUGAGCACAUGGAGGAACAUGGCAUCAAGUUCAUCCGUAAAUAUGUCCCUGUAAAUAUAGAGGAGUUGGAAGCAGGCACUCCUGGCAGGCUGAAGGUGACUGCUAAGUCUACAGAGAGUGAUGAGGUCAUUGAGGGAGAGUACAACACUGUAUUAAUUGCGGUGGGUCGAGAUGCGUGCACUGACAAGAUUGGCUUGGACAAGAUAGGGGUCAAACUUAACCCAAAGAAUGGGAAAAUUCCUGUCAAUGAUGAAGAACAAACUAAUGUCCCCCACAUCUAUGCCAUUGGAGACAUCUUAGAGGGCAAGUGGGAGCUAACCCCUGUUGCUGUCCAGGCUGGAAAGUUGCUGGCACGACGUCUUUAUGCGGGUGCCACACUCAAGUGUGACUACGUCAAUGUUCCGACCACUGUCUUCACUCCACUGGAGUACGGCUGCUGCGGUCUGUCUGAGGAGACAGCCACAGAGUUGUACGGGCAGAGCAACAUUGAGGUAUACCACAGUCUGUUUUGGCCUUUGGAGUUCACUGUGCCUGGCAGGGACAACAACAGAUGCUAUGCCAAGAUCAUCUGCAAUAAAUUGGACAAUGACAGAGUGAUUGGCUUCCACUACCUGGGUCCCAAUGCAGGAGAGGUAACCCAAGGUUUUGGUGCAGCCAUGAAAUGUGGUGCUACCAAAGAGCAGCUGGACGGCACCAUUGGCAUCCAUCCAACUUGUGCUGAGGUCUUCACCACUUUGGACGUGACCAAAAGUUCAGGAGGAGACAUCGCUCAAGCUGGCUGCUGAGGUUAAACCCUGCUCGUUUAGCAGAAUGAUCUCAUCUAGUCCACCAAGCUAUUGUCUCUUAGCUCCCAAAGAACCUCAACCUUCAACUCCAGCUGUUCACUUUACUGGGCAGUUGUUUCUCAGGAAAAAUUCUACAAUGUGGCUAGCAUCUGAAAAAAUAUAGAUGCUCAUUUUUGGUUCAGUGGGAGCUAAGGUGAGGGUGGAAGCGCACCCUUGCUGAGCUAAUUUAAUGAGGUCAUUUUGCUGAACAGCGGGGUUACUCUGCUGAAAAAAUACUGGGCUCUAUUUGUGUCCUUCUGUGAGGAGCAAAGGUAUGCACAUCACUACUUGUGAUGUGUUUGUGUGUGCCUAAGCUGUUAUUGAUGUCCUUGCCUGGAACCCAAAAUGCAUUGGUGGGCAGGGAUUGAUACCCCUCUGCAAAAGUACCUGAUGGUGUCCCAAUCCCUUCGUCCAAAACCUUUUUCACCCCCAGAAUGGUAAUCUGAUGGCAAUGUGCCAUCAAAUGGGCAAGUAGCACAUUUUUUAAUGGAUGCAGCUAGAACUACUUGGUGUUUUAUAGCUUUAGUUUUGUCAAAGUCUCCCCGUUGAGCCCCAUGAAUUCCUCCAACUAGUCGAGCUACAUUAGGGUUGAACUUUACUGUUGAUGAACCAGGGUCCCCACCUAAAACGAAGCAUGUUAGAAUUGGUAAAGGCUGCACCAGAAUCAAUUCCCACCCCUACAUCGAGAUUUAGUCAAUGCAUCCAUUCAGUUGAAUGGAAAAAUAUAACCUAUACGUAUGCAAAUGUGCUGAAUAUUUUCUGUAGUUUAUACUUGGUUAAUUUAAUGCUUGUUUCAUCUUGCUACAUUAUAUUUGUAUACAACCGCUUGUCCAGGUGUUCCUCCAAUGUGAUGGUGUAUGUAACACAUUUGCCUUGCCCUAAUUUCCUGUGUUAAUAAAAUAUAAAUUACACAUCUUGAAAUGAUCCAAUACAAAUUACACAUAAUUAGGAACAAUUCACCGAAGGCUGUUUUAUCGUGAAGGACCCAAUUGAAAGGUAUAUGUAUCCAUUAUUAGGUGAUGAGUCUCUAAAUCUAUUGGCUUGUUUUUGUUUUUUUUAUAUCUGGACGCUCAAGCGUACCUUUGCAGAAAAAAAAAUUAAAAUAAAGAAUCUUUGCCAGUG